AUGGCAAGUCCAGCGGAAGCUCCCCUACUAUCGCAUCAGGAGGACGAACUAGAAGAGGAAGCGCGUUCAGAUGGCGAGGAUAUGAUUGUGGAAUGGCCCGUUGGUCGCCCGGGUGUUUUUAUAUGGCUAUUGACUCUGUCCGCUUGUAUUAGCGGGCUACUGUUCGGAUAUGAUACAGGAGUAAUUUCGGCUACGUUGGUUUCGAUAGGCACCUCGCUUUCCGGGAGGAUGUUAAACUCCCUCGAUAAAUCUCUCAUCACCUCAUGCACCGCGCUGUUCGCCCUUAUCUUGUCCCCGAUCUCGUCCAUCCUUGCUGAUUACUUCGGUCGAAAACCCGUUAUACUACUGUCGGAUCUACUCUUUGUAAUUGGGGCCGUGGUUCAGUCUAUGAGCUACACUGUGUCGGGUAUGGUCUUUGGACGGUCGAUAGUUGGAGCCGCCGUGGGUGCUGCGAGCUUUGUAACACCGUUAUACAUUGCUGAGCUAGCUCCGCCGGCUUACCGUGGUAUGCUCGUAACGAUGAACGUGCUAUCAAUUACUGCUGGACAAGUCGUAGCUUACGUUAUUGGAUGGAUGUUUGCUGAGCAUGGUGAUCCUUCUAUAGGAUGGAGAUGGAUGGUCGGCUUAGGCGCUCUGCCAGCCGCACUGCAAUGUCUUCUCCUGUUAUUCAUGCCCGAUACUCCCCGCUGGCUCGUGAAAGCAGGAAAGUCUGCAGAUGCUCGGCGCGUCAUCGAAAAGACGCUGGGGUAUGACCCAGCUUCUCGCCGAUUAAUUGAUAGCGUUGUGAAAGAUAUUGAGAUGGAGCUCAGGGAAGAGCAGGGGAAUAUAGCAUUGGCCAAUGAUGGAGGCAGGAAUAAUAGUAUAUGGCUUAAGGGAUGGGAUGAGCUUCUCAGCGUGCCAAAAAACCGGCGAGCGCUGGUUAUCGCUUGCUUACUCCAGGGGCUACAACAGCUUUGCGGUUUUAACUCUUUGAUGUAUUUCUCUGCCACAAUUUUUACCAUGUUGGGAUUCUCGGUCCCAACCCUUACAUCGCUGACAGUCGCUGCCACAAACUUCGUUUUUACCGUAUUUGCACUGCUUUCAAUCGAUCGCAUCGGCCGUAGACGGAUCUUACUAUACUCACUACCUUUCAUGGUAAUCGGCCUUUUCUUGUCAGGAUUUGGUUUCAGCUUGCUUAAACUACCGUCUAGCGAUACCAAUGUCGGUGGCGGUGCACCUGUUACCAAUAGCGCCUCAACAUCCUCUCGAGGUGCUGCCAUUGUUAUUCUAGUAAGUAUCAUGACAUACGUUGCGGCUUACGCUCUCGGACUUGGCAAUGUACCAUGGAUGCAAAGCGAGCUCUUCCCGCUUAACGUACGUUCACUUGGUAGUGGACUAGCGACAGCCACGAACUGGUUGGCUAAUUUUAUCGUUGGGUUGACAUUCUUGCCAUUGGUAUGUACUCAAUGUCCAGAUAGCUACAAUACUACCUUUCUUUUAUUGAAGUUUAACCUACUAACACAUCCUGUAGUAA